AGAACAAAGAUCUCCUCACCUUACAAUCUAGUACAUGUUACGCAUGUUGGAUUCAAUCCCCAAACAGGCGAGUUUACUGGUCUUCCACGUGAAUGGCAAAUACUGUUAAAAGAAAGUGGCAUCACAAAACGAGAACAGAAAGAAAACCCUCAAGCUGUGCUAGACGUCAUUGGGUUUUAUAAAGAAUCCCGCGAACAAUCGCAGGACAUUGUAUGGGAGAAAUUUGGAAAU